UAAGCUCAUCACAAACCUAAUCUUUUCUGCUUUGCAUCAAUGGCCUCUGGAGCUCUUGUGAUCGCCAUUCUUGCAUUGGCUUUUGCUGAAGCUUUUGCCGGAGAUCCCAAACCACUGCAGGACUUCUGUGUCGCUGACUUGAAGUCUCCUGUGUUUGUCAAUGGGUUGGUCUGCAAGGACCCCAAGCUUGCCAUGCCAGAGGACUUCUUCUUCUCCGGCCUCGACAAGCCUGGUAACACCAAUAACCGGGUUGGCUCCAACGUUACUCUCGUCAAUGCAGCCAUGCUCCCAGGCCUGAACACUCUUGGCGUCUCCAUUGCCCGCAUCGACUACGCUCCCUAUGGCCUCAACCCUCCCCAUACCCACCCUCGGGCCACCGAGAUCCUCACCGUCAUCGAGGGAUCUCUCUACGUUGGCUUCGUGACUUCGAACCCUAACAAGUUUUUCGCCAAGACCCUCCACAAGGGUGAUGUCUUCGUCUUCCCCCAAGGCCUAAUUCACUUCCAGUUCAAUGUUGGGGAUAUCAAUGCGGUUGCCAUGUCCGGUUUUAACAGCCAGAAUCCUGGUGUGAUCACCAUAGCCGAUGCCGUCUUCGGUUCGAAGCCACCCAUCUCUGAUGAUGUUCUGAUGAAGGCCUUCCAAGUGGGCAAGGAGAUCAUUGAAGAGCUUAAGGCUCAGUUUAAGUAGAGAAGUUUGAGUUGAGUGUUUGAUCUUAUCGAUUGUAUGUCUGAAUAAGCACGCAAGCAUGCUUCGUAUGUGUUUGGAUAUGUUUUAUAAGUUAUUGUAUCUUAAUGUAUCAUCAAUGUUUUCGCUAUUAAAGAGACGAUGAUUGAGUUUGGAUUGUUAAA